AUGCAUCUGUGUUUUCCCGCAAUUCUCCAGCGGGUUGUCGCUGUUCUCCUGCCAGUAUCCGCUGUCUCUCUUUGUUACCUUUAUCUUUACCCCUUAUUUCACGGAUGUGCUUUUCCUCUCCCAGCCUCUACAAACGGCAGCGCCGGCGUCUACCCUCCAUAUACCGGUGAUGCCUAUCUAGAUACCGUCCGCGAACACGUUGGCCUCCGCGACUAUACUCAACAACGCCCCAAGUCUGCGCCGUUUCGGCUACUUGUGCUUGCUGACCCGCAGCUUGAAGGCGACACUUCAUUGCCUAAGCCAGAUGAUGCAUUCCUGCCACAGCUUAAGAAGCACUGGGAAGACGUAACAUCCGCUGGUUCGAUCUCCGAGUGCUAUUUCGCUACUGUGAAAGGUAUACGCGAUGUGGUACUGACGGACAUCCCUCGACUGGGUGGAACGAUUCGCAAACGGCUUGAUCUUCUGGGAAACGAUUAUUAUCUUGCGCAUAUAUACCGAACAUUGUCGUGGUGGAGUCGUCCUACUCAUGUCACUGUUCUGGGGGACCUUAUUGGGAGCCAAUGGGUGUCAGACGAGGAAUUUAAUAUUCGUUCAAAGAGGUAUUGGAAUAGGACCUUUCGAGGGGGUGUGAAGGUGCCAGAUGAUGUGAUGGCUACUGGAAGAGAUGGAUAUACUCAACAAACUGGUGUCAGUAUGGGCCAGGAAAUCGUUCUUGAUAUUGACACAGAUACUUGGUCAAAUCGGAUUAUUAAUAUUGCUGGAAAUCAUGAUAUUGGCUAUGCAGGUGAUAUCUCUCAAGAACGGAUAGAUCGAUUUGAAAGGGAGUUUGGCCGUGCUAAUUGGGAUGUUCGAUUCAACCUACCGAUGACAGAACUUGCUCUGGAUCUCAAUGAUACGCACAGAAAGUCUGGAUCAACUCCUUCUAUACAUUUGGUUGUGCUUAACACUCUUACCUUCGAUACCCCAGCGCUAGACGUUUCUAUUCAAGGAAAAUCAUACCAAUAUCUCAACGAUGUGAUUGACCGUUCACGCCCGGUCGAGGACAGAACGACAUUUACUCUAUUGUUAACUCAUCUCCCGCUCCACAAACAGGAGGGAGUGUGCACUGACCCGCCUUACUUUUCUUUCCACAAUGAAGAUGAUCAACAUCCCAAAGAUGAUCAACCGAGAUUCAAGGCCGGUGGCUUGAAAGAGCAAAAUCACUUGAGUGAUUAUGUUAGUCAUAAUGGCAUCCUGCAAGGCAUAUUUGGGAUGUCGGGAGACCUCAACGCCCCAUAUUCUGGGAAAGGGCGUAAUGGUUUAAUCUUGACAGGCCACGAUCAUACUGGGUGCGAUGUCCUUCACUAUGUGGACAGGAAAACAGGUAGUGACGGUGAAAGUGGUGAUGCUGAAGGAGAGCGCGUAUCAAACGCCGCCUGGUCAUGGAAUGCAAAGAAAUACCCUACUGAGGUGCCUACAGGGGUGCUAGAAUCAACUAGCAGUGCCGCAGGUUUUGACUCGGCCUUUACUCCAGCUCCAGCUAUUCGAGAAGUCACGCUACGCUCUAUGAUGGGAGAAUUUGGAGGCAACGCUGGACUUUUGUCGGUCUGGUUCGAUGCUGAAUCAUCUCAAGAAUGGAAAUAUGAAAUUACAACCUGUCAGUUAGGUAUUCAGCAUACCUGGUGGGUAAUCCAUAUUGUUGCGCUGGUAACUCUCAUAGCUGCUUUGACUUGGGUGACUAUCUUAAUCAUCUCCAGCCGAUCACCUCUUGUUGACAAGCGGAAUGCAUCAAAAGGAGCAACCAAGGAGAAAAUGAACAAGGACUCAGGUGCGACCUGA